AUGGAAGUGACAACCAACCUCAGUCUAACAUGGAUAGUAGUGGGAAAGAAAAUAUUGAGGGACAUAUGUAAUGGAGUUGUGGCAUUUACUAAUGAUGGAGUUGGUGGACCUACCCAAGCUGAAAAAAGUAAAGGGAAAAGUAAAGAAAAGGACAAACAAGGUGGGACAAGUCAAGAAAAAGCAGUUCUUCUUGUCCUUGGAUGUUACAUGCGUCGAGGUCUACAGAUGCAAGCAGUUGGUACAUUAAAACAUAUGAAGACAAACACACUUGGGAUGAAGAAGGGAUGCAAAGCUUGUUUAAGAGAUUUCUUGGGGUUAUAUGGAGCUCAUAUGAAAGGCCCUUAUCCAGUCCAGAUCUUAACUGCAGUUGGAUUAGAUUCCAAUAAUGGCAUAUACCCACUUGCACAUGCCAUUGUAGAGAUUGAAAACUAUGAAUCUUGGAAGUGGUUCUUUGAAUGUCUUGGUGAUGACUUGGAUCUACAUACUAUGUCUAAUUUCACUUUUGUUAGUGACAGAAAAAAGGGUUUGCUACAAGCAGUUAGUCAACUGUUCCCAUGUUCUGAGCAAAGGUUCUGUCUCAGACAUAUACAUGAGAACAUGAAGAAACAAUGGAGAACUAAGGAAUAUAAAGAUCACCUUUGGGAUUGUGCCACGGCUACAAUAGUGCUAGAGUUUAACCAUUACAUGCACCAAUUCAGUUUAUAUGACAAAUUAGCAUAUGAAUGGUUGAAGUCAAUACCACCACAACAUUGGGCAAAAAUCCAUUUCACAAGGAGAGCAACUACAUACAUGAUGUUAAACAACUUUUGUGAGGUGUUUAAUGGCAAGUUGGUUGAUAGGAGAGACAAACCAAUUAUUAGCUGCUUGGAGUUUAUUAGGGAAUAUAUGAUGAAGAGGAUAUGCAAUGUCCUCAAGGUGCAACAAAAAUGUGUAGGCCCACUCACCCCAACAUCAACAAAGAUCAUGGAGAAGAAUGAAGCAGCUGCUAUUAAAUACAUUGCAGAAUGGUGUGGUGAUGAAAAAUACCAAGUGAAAGGCCCAUGGAAUGAUCAACAUGCUGUUGAUAUGCAGGAAAGGGUAUGCAGCUACAAGAAAUGGGAGUUAACAGGUAUCCCUUGUAUACAUGUGAUUUUUGUGUUGUAUAACAAAGCAGAUCAUGCUGAGUGUGUACACAAGAUCCAUACUUAUGUCCACAAGUUGCACUGGCUACAAAGUUGGAAAAUUGCAUAUGGGUACAAGCUGGAACCAAUUAAAGGUCGGGCAUUGUGGCCUAGAAGUAAGUGUCCAAUGCAUAUCACACCUCCCCCACACCGUAAUCAACUCAGGAGACCCAAGAAAAAGAGAAGGCAAUCCAUGGAGGAGAAAAGUCAAAGCAAGAGUGAAAGUCAUAGUCAAAGGUCAGAUGCUGGUCCCAGUGAAAUUCAUGAUCAUGGUCCACAUGGUAGUGGGAAACUUACAAGAAAGUUUGUUAGUGUGACUUGUAGUAAGUGUGGAAACAAAGGGCACAACUCCAGGACAUGCAAAGGUCAGAGAGGGACUUGA